AUGAGCUCAGAGGUGCUGGUGUCCCGGCCGCACUACGAUGACAGAGCAGUAGCCCUGGGCGUCCCUGCUCAGGACCCCCCAGUGGAACCAGACGUCCCACCACCAUCCUCCGGCUCUGCUCCUGUUGGGUACCGCUCGGCCAAGUACACACCGGCCGAGUGGUUCUCCAAGUACCACAGCAUUCUACAGAAGGCCACCACAGACCAUGGUGAAGCAGAGAGGGUACAGAGACUGUCAAAAGUCCUGUCCCAGGACACCGAGACUGACACGCAGCACACACAGGCUCAGAACACGCGUCUGCUGGGGGACCGCCUGCAGGACAUCCACUACUGGAGGUCUGAGCUGCAGCAGCACAUCUCCCAGCUGCAGGCUGACAUACAGGCUCUGUGCGGGCAGAGGCUGAGGCUGGAGAGAGCGCUGGACGCCACAGAAAUACCCUUUGCCAUAGCUACAGACAACCUGACCUGUCGGACCCGGAGGCCAGCACCAGACCUGGUCCAGGACUUGGUGGAAGAGGAGCUGCUCAAGGAGGUGGACCUCAUCAAAAACAUCCAGGCUCUGCUGAGGAGGACCACAGCUCAUGUGGUCAGUCAGAUCAAGAUAAACAAAGACACCAAACAGAUGCUGGAGAUGGACUGGUCUGAUAAAUAUGAGGCCUAUAACUUGGACGACACAUGUGGAAGAUACAGAAACAGCAGCACAGACACCAGACACCACCCCAGCUCAGCCAACGUGCAGGACCAGGUGUGCAACCCAGCGUCUUGGACCAAGUUUACUCAGGAUAAUCUGACCAAAGCCAUGCAGGAAGAGCACGCCACAUACAGCCUCAGAAUGUUGGUGGACAGGGUUCUGGAGGACACCACCAGAGACCUCAGGGUUCAGUGUGCGAGUGUGGACCAGGCCUUCACUCAGCGCUGUGAGGAGCUCAUCGAGGCCAAGACGCAACUGGAGACCAAGCGGGCGCAGAUUUUGGAGCAGAUCGGAGCUCAAGAGAGGAACAUAGUGUCUCUGCAGCAUGCCAUACAUGACAAAGAAGCUCCUUUAAGAGUGGUUCAGUCCAGACUGUAUAUACGCUCACGAAGACCCAACAUGGAACUGUGCAGAGACCCAGCACAGAUCAGCCUGGAGGAGGAGGAUAAGCAUAUUCACGCCACGAUACAGUCUUUGGAGCAGCAGCUGAGUCAGGCCCGUGGAUCGCUGUCUUAUCUGGAAGAAUCACGAAUGGCCAUUGAAAAGGACAUCGCAUUUUUCAUGGCAUGUAGCGCGGCGGCUGCAUCAGACGUUGAAGUUUAUGCAUAUGUUGGAGGAGAUGCUGUAGUGCCAUGCUCUUACCCAGCGGGCUAUAAGUCUUAUGUCAAAUACUUCUGCAGUGAAGCCUGUGGCAAUGCUGAUGUCAAGAAGUCUGAUGCUGGGAAGUACUGGUGUGGAGUGAGCAAAAGUGGAACAGACAUCUACACUGCAGUAACUCUGGCUGUUAAAUCAGAUGAGUGCUGUGACAAUGUCCAAAGCAUCCAAGCAUAUGAGCGCAGCAGUGUGUCCAUUCGCUGUCCACACCAAAACCAAUACGCCAACAGCUUCAAAUAUGUGUGCAAAGGAUCCCAGCCCUCCACCUGCCGCACACAGGCCCUCGUCACGACCAAAAAGGCACAAAAUGGACAGUUCCGGCUCAGGGACGACGAGUUCACACUGGAGCUCAAUCAUAUAACCAAGCAGAAUGCUGGAUUGUACAUGUGCGGGAUUGAGAGGAGCAAUGACUUUGAUGUUUUUUCUCGAGUCAACCUGACGGUUAAAGACUGGUGCUGUGCAACCACCCAUGAUGUGAAGGGGUUUUUGGGGCAGUCGGUGACCUUGAAUUGCCCCUAUCCUAGCAAACAUGGAAACAACACUAAGUUUCUGUGUAAGACGGACCGAGAAAAGUGUCCUAAAGUAGUGAGCAGCACAACAACUGCAGACCGGUUCACUCUUAUGGAAGACCGCUCCUCAAACUCCUUCAAAGUGACCAUCCAACGCCUCAAACCCACCGACGCAGGGACAUACUGGUGCGGCUCCGACUCUCAGUGGGCCCCUGGAAAUAACUAUGUCCGCCUGCAGCUCACUCUGGAAACUCUGAGAGCUACCACAGGAUCCUACUUCAAAACAACCAGUGACAUGCCGACAUCUGGGUCUCAAUCAUCACUUAAAGAUGCCGAUAAUGUGAUCUCUCCUGUUGUUCUGUAUGUGCUGCCUGGAUCAUUGCUGAUUGUGGUCGUGAUGAUCGCAGUCAUUAUGUACAAAUGUCUCAGAACACAAAGAAACAGAGUGGAUUACAACGUACGCUGUAAUAAAGAAGAAGUCAGCACCAAUGAGGUUGUGAUGUGCAGCAGUGCGACAUGUUUCUGA